UAUAUGGACAAGCUUCGAGAGUAGUAUUGAGCGGAGACUACAAUACAAUCGAACAGCUAAUUACGGUGUUAAAAUCACGAUUUGCUCCUUUGUACUCAUCGAUACAACUAUACGGAGACAUGUCGAAGAUGGCUCAAAUGGCGAACGAAGCAGUCGUCGACUAUAGCAGCCGAGUCUCUAGUAUCCUGCUGCAAAUUCAGAACUGUAAUGAAAUCGAAGUUCCUGAUCAUACGCAGCAAUAUAAUGUAUCUGCAGAAGCCAAUGCUGUCAAAGCAUUUCUGACUGGGAUGAAACCAGAAAUCUUCAGUCGAUUGCGAAAUUGCGAAUUCGACACCUUAGACGAUGCAAUUAGCGCAGCUAUCAAAGGCGAAGCGGAAUACAAAGAAAACAUGAUGAGAACGAAGAUAACUGAGGGAUAUACCCAGGCCGUUCAAUGCAGCAAUUGUUUUGGAUACGGCCACAGCACCAACACCUGCAGUAGCCGUUCAUUCCAAAGGCAGCAGGUAUCAUCAAUCCAGUGGCAGCCAAAAUAUUGCCAGCAUUGCCAGCGCCCGGGACAUACGAUUCAAAAUUGCUGGUUUAACAAUAAUAACAACAACUUCAACAGCAACUACAACAACUACAAUAAUUACAAUCAGCCAAGAAAUCAAUGGAUGCAACCAAACCGGGUUCCACAAAACCAAACCCCGGUGAACCAGCCUCAAAAUAUGGGUCGUAAUCCUUCAUAUCAACGCCAAGGAACGGGACAACCACCGGCUUUUCAACAUCCGGCAAACCAACCUUUGGCAAAUCCAACAAAUCAAACCCCGGGAAAUCAACCUCCUAAUAACUGGUACCAAGGCACCGCAAACUGGAGAAGACAACAACCUCCAAUAUGCGCUUAUUGCCAAAACAUUGGCCAUACUAUUGAACAAUGCAGGAAAAAAGCAUAUCAAGAAAAAAUCAAAAAUCAACCACAACAACAAACUACAACUCAAGAACCACAGGCUACAUCGAAGUAAAAGCGCUGGAUACAGAGUCCAUAUUCCACGUCGUGGAGGACCUUCCAAUAGCACACGAUGGAAUACU